AUGCCCCACAAAGACGUACUUGUUCCUUACUUGCUGAGCCUUUUGAGAGGACUGCCGCGAGUUCAGUGGAUCGAAGAAGGCUUGGGAAAGAAAGGAAAAGAAUUUCUUCCCGUUGCGGAGAACUUCAGCUUCUGUCUUGUAACACUUCUGUCAGAUGUGGCUCAGAGAGAUCCAGGCUCCCGACUAGAGAUUUUGAAUACCGUACUGGAGACCAUGCAGGCAUUACAAGAGAUUUGUCAAACACCUGAUAAUCAUGACAAAGUCUUCCUGUGCAGGUAUAUUGUCCCCAGUCUGCUCGGCAUGACUCGAGCGUUCGGCCGCUACAGCAACACAGAAGAAGCCCUGCUGUCCAAGUUGUUCCCGAAGGACGUGCCUCAGGUCCGCUGCGUCACAGAGGAGAACGAGGGCGUUCGACGCAGAUCCUUCAAUGACUUUCGUUCCAUCAUGCCGUCCCCGCUGCUCACAGUGUGCCAGAGCGACACGCUGCGCAGACGCACCACGGCCAACCUGGAUUCCUCCGCUCAGAUCUCCACGGACCCAGCGGUUCACUCACCCUGCUCUCCCACGACGCCGGGUCCACAUUACUUUGAAGGUGCUUAUCUUCCAGACAGCAGCGCAGUUGACCCCGACUACUAUUUCUCCUCCGUCAGCUCCAGUUUCUCAGUGUCUCCCCUUUUCAUGGGAGCUGGUGGAAAUGAGGUGGAGGUGCCCGUCGAUCUGCUCCGACAGCUCCUCGGCAUGGUGAAAAACUCUGUUUCCGAAUCCUUUCUGAAAACUCUGGACGCCGCCAUGACAGAACUAACAGAGUCUAAUCCUGGAAUCAACCUCUAUUACAAAACCUUCAGUGAUCCUCUCUAUGUGUGUGUGUUCAAAAUGCUGCGGGACACACUGUACAACAUGAAAGAUGUGCAGCCGGCGUUUGUGCGAGAAGUUCACGACUUUGUGCUGGAGCAGUUUAGCAGCAGUCAGUCGGAGCUGCAGCGGGUGCUGCAUGACACGGGGACGCUGGCCGGAGAACAGAGCCCCCUCAAGCUUCGUUGUCAAGCCAACGCCGCCUGCGUGGACCUCAUGGUGUGGGCCGUCAAAGACGAGCAAGGAGCUGAGAAUUUGUGCACAAAACUGUCAGAGAAGCUUCAGUCUAAAACCUCCAGUAAAGUCGUCAUUGCUCACAUGCCGUUGCUGAUUUGUUGCUUACAGGGUAUGGGUCGUCUGUGUGAGAGGUUUCCAGUUGUUGCUCACUCUGCCACAACCUCCCUCAGGGACUUUUUGGUGGUUCCUUCCCCAGUUCUUAUCAAACUCUACAAGUAUCACAACCAGUACAGCGCAGGCGCAGGAGAAAUUCGGAUAAACGUGACAAAUGAGCAUUCCCAGUCGACUCUCAGCGUGCUGUCCAACAAGAAGGACCAGCCCUCCAUGUACGAGCAGCUCAGAGACAUUUCCAUCGACAACAUCUGCAGAUGUUUGAAAGCUGGUUUGACGAUGGACCAAGUGAUUGUCGAGGCUUUUUUAGCCAGUCUCUCCAACCGUCUGUACAUUUCACAGGAAAAUGAAAAGGAUGCUCAUCUAAUUCCAGAUCACAACAUCCGAGCGCUGGGUCAUAUUGCAGUCGCUUUGAGAGACACUCCUAAAGUCAUGGAGCACAUUUUACAAAUCCUUCAACAGAAGUUCUGCCAGCCUCCAUCACAGCUGGAUGUACUCAUUGUAGACCAGCUGGGCUGUAUGGUCAUUACAGGAAAUCAAUACAUCUACCAGGAGGUGUGGAAUCUGUUUCAGCAGAUCAGCGUGAAAGCCAGUUCUGUGGUCUACUCAGCCGCCAAAGACUACAGAGAUCACGGUUACAGGCACUGCUCUCUGGCUGUGAUCAACGCUCUGGCCAACAUCGCAGCCAACCUGCAGGGGGAGCAGCUGGUGGACGAACUGCUGGUGAACCUUUUAGAGCUGUUUGUCCAACUGGGCCUGGAAGGGAAAAGAGCAAGUGAGAGGGCCUCUGACAAGGGGCCGGCACUGAAGGCAUCAAGUAGUGCUGGAAACCUUGGAGUUCUUAUUCCAGUGAUUGCUGUGCUGACCAGGCGUCUUCCACCAAUCAAAGAGGCCAAGCCUCGGCUCCAGAAGCUGUUCAGGGACUUCUGGUUGUACUCUGUGGUCAUGGGUUUUGCUGUGGAAGGAUCAGGGCUUUGGCCAGAGGAGUGGUAUGAAGGUGUGUGUGAGAUUGCCACCAAGUCUCCCCUCCUCACCUUCCCCAGUGGAGAACCUCUUCGCUCUGAACUGCAGUACAACUCUGCUCUGAAAAACGACACUGUGACGCCGGCUGAGCUGAGUGAACUGCGGUUAACCAUCAGUAACCUCCUCGACCCUCCUCCUGAAGGAUCUGCCCUCAUUAAUAAGCUCGACUUUGCCAUGUCCACAUACCUGCUGUCGGUUUACCGAUUAGAAUACAUGAGGAUGCUGCGAUCCAAUGAUCCUGAUAGGUUUCAAGUCAUGUUUCGGUACUAUGAAGACAAAGCAAUCCAAAAAGACAAAUCAGGUAUGCUGCAAUGCAUUAUUUGUGUUGGUGAUAAGGUUUUUGAUGUCUUCCUCCAGAUGAUGGCAGAAAAACCCAAAACUAAAGAACAUGAAGAGGAACUGGAGCGCCACGCUCAGUUUUUGUUGGUCAACUUUAACCACACUCACAAGAGGAUCCGCAGAGUGGCCGACAAAUACCUCUCGGGUCUGGCCGAAACAUUCCCUCAUCUUCUGUGGAGCGGUCGAGUGUUGAAGACCAUGCUAGACAUUUUGCAGACACUCACACUGUCUCUAAGCGCUGACAUUCACAAAGAUCAGCCGUACUACGACAUUCCGGACACCCCUUACAGAAUCACUGCUCCUGACACGUAUGAAGCUCGAGAGAGCAUAGUGAAGGACUUUGCAGCUCGCUGCGGCGAGAUAUUAAAAGAAGCAAUGAAAUGGGCCCCUUCUGUGACAAAGUCCCACCUACAGGAGUACCUAAACAAGCAUCAGAUCUGGGUGUCGGGGCUGUCGCAGCACACGGGCCUCGCCAUGGCCACAGAGAGCAUCCUGCACUUCGCUGGCUACAACAGACAGAGCACUACACUGGGCACCACUCUGCUGACAGAGAGACCGGCAUGUGUGAAGAAGGACUACUCCAACUUCAUGGCUUCACUCAACUUACGAAACCGUUACACAGGAGAGGUGGCUGGUAUGAUCCAGUUCUCAGAGGCCAUUAACAGCCACUUCAACCUCACCAAGUUGAUGAUCCAUCAGAUGACUAGCGCUCUGGACAGAAAAGACCCAGAGGCCUUCACUCAAGCCAUGUUCAAGAUGGCCGCCCUGCUAAUAACGACCAAAAACUGUGACCCACAGCUGCUGCACCAUCUGUGCUGGUCUCCACUGAAGAUGUUUUCAGAACAUGGCAUGGAAACGGCGAUCGCCUGCUGGGAAUGGCUCCUUGCUGCACACAAUGGAGUGGAAGUGCCGUUCAUGCGUGAGAUGGCAGGAGCUUGGCAGAUGACCGUGGAGCUGAAGAUGGGUUUGUUUUCAGAGGCUAAAGUUGAGGCUGGCCCCCUGGCGGUCUCAGAGGAAAGUCAGCCAGCGCCCUGUGCUCCUGAUGUCGUUCCUCACUUCCUCUGGAUAGAGUUUCUGGUGCAGAGGUUUGAAAUAGCCAAAUACAGCAGCGCGGACCAGGUGGAGAUUUUCAUUUCCAUUUUGCAGAGAUCUCUCUGUCUUAGUGUCGGAGGACCCAAAAGCAGCCUAAACCGACACGUUGCUGCCAUCGGACCAAGAUUCAGACUGAUGACUCUGGGUUUGACUCUGCUGCACGCUGAUGUUGUGACAAACGCCACUAUCAGAAACGUGCUCCGAGAGAAGAUCUAUUCCACAGCUUUUGACUACUUUAGCGUCGCUCCCAGAUUUCCCACUCAGACAGACCAAAGGCUAAGAGAAGACAUCAGUAUAAUGAUCAAGUUCUACGCCUGCCUGCAGUCUGACAAGAAGUACCUGACUGCCAUUCAGCUGGUUCCACCAGAUCCCCAGGACAUGUCUGUGAACAGCUUGUCUGCGAUGGCCGUGGCAGACAGCCGCAGCAGUCUGGAUGUGGCUGUAGGCCAGAGGCAGCAGAUUCCUCAGGGAUGGAUCAACACCUACCCUCUCUCCUCUGGGAUGUCCACCCUCUCCAAGAAGUCAGGGCUUUCUAAAAAAAGCAACCGAGGCACCCAGCUGCACAAAUAUUACAUGAAACGCAGGACGCUGUUAUUGGCUUUACUGGCCAGUGAGAUUGAGCGGCUGACCAUUUGGUACAACCCGUUAUCCACCCAGGAGCUUGCUAUCACAACAGAGCAAUCUGUGGAGACCAGUAUCGCUAACUGGAGAUCCAAAUACAUCAGUCUGACAGAGAAACAGUGGAAAGACAAUGUCAACCUGGCCUGGAGCAUAGCUCCGUACCUCGCCCUGCAGCUGCCUGCCAGAUUUAAAAACACAGAGUCCAUUGUGUCUGAGGUGACACGUCUGGUGCGAAUGGAUCCAGCUGCUGUGUGUGAUGUUCCUGAGGCCGUCAAGUUCUUGGUAACGUGGCACACAAUUGAUGCUGACUCUCCAGAACUGAGUCACAUCCUGUGCUGGGCCUCAGCAGACCCUCCAACUGGACUGUCCUACUUCUCCUCCAUGUACCCUCCUCACCCCCUCACGGCUCAGUACGGGGUCAAAGUGUUGCGCUCCUUUCCUCCUGAUGCCAUUUUAUUUUACAUUCCUCAAAUUGUCCAAGCUCUUCGAUACGACAAGAUGGGUUAUGUCAGAGAGUACAUCUUGUGGGCCGCUCAGAAGUCUCAGCUGCUGGCUCACCAGUUCAUCUGGAACAUGAAGACCAACAUAUACUUGGAUGAAGAAGGACACCAGAAAGACCCUGACAUCGGCGAGCUGCUAGAAGAGAUGGUGGAGGAGAUCACAGGCUCCCUCUCUGGCCCGGCCAAAGACUUUUACCAGAGAGAGUUUGACUUCUUCAACAAGAUUACCAACGUGUCUGCCACUAUCAAGCCUUUUCCAAAAGGGGAGGAGAGGAAGAAGGCCUGCCUGGAAGCCUUGUCCCAGAUUAAAGUCCAGCGUGGCUGUUAUCUUCCCAGUAACCCAGAGGCCAUAGUUUUGGACAUAGACUAUAAGUCUGGGACUCCCAUGCAGAGUGCUGCCAAAGCUCCAUACCUGGCCAAGUUCAAAGUCAAGAGGUGUGGAGUCAGUGAGCUUGAAAAAGAAGGCCUUCAGUCUCGCUCAGACUCUGUAGACGAGGUGAAAAACGAAGAAGAGGCCAGGAGAGUCUGCUGGCAGGCAGCCAUCUUUAAAGUUGGAGACGACUGUAGACAGGACAUGCUGGCUCUUCAAAUCAUCAGCUUGUUCAAGAACAUCUUCCAGAUGGUUGGUCUGGAUCUUUAUGUGUUUCCUUACAGAGUUGUGGCCACAGCUCCUGGAUGUGGAGUGAUUGAGUGCAUCCCAGACUGCAAGUCUCGUGACCAGCUGGGCCGACAGACGGACUUCGGGAUGUACGACUACUUCAGGAACCAAUACGGAGAUGAAUCCACGCUCGCAUUUCAGAAAGCGCGGUACAACUUCAUCCGCAGUAUGGCAGCUUACAGCCUGCUGCUCUUCCUGCUGCAGAUCAAAGACAGACACAACGGAAACAUCAUGCUGGACAGCCAAGGCCAUCUCAUCCACAUUGAUUUCGGCUUCAUGUUUGAAAGUUCUCCUGGCGGGAACCUCGGCUGGGAGCCAGACAUCAAACUCACAGAUGAGAUGGUGAUGAUCAUGGGUGGGAAAAUGGAGGCAACACCGUUCAAGUGGUUCAUGGAGAUGUGUGUGAGAGGAUACCUUGCAGUGAGGCCCUACAUGGAUGCUGUGGUCUCCUUAGUGAAUCUCAUGCUGGACACUGGUCUUCCCUGCUUCAGAGGACAGACAAUCAAACUACUCAAGCAGAGGUUCAACCCAGGUUUGAGUGAGAAAGAUGCCGCUUCCUUCAUCAUUAAAGUUAUCCAGAACUGUUUCCUCAGCAACAGGAGUCGGACGUAUGACAUGAUCCAGUAUUACCAAAACCAGAUCCCGUACUAA